AUGAUCCGGCCUCGCCCAGGCUCAUUCGUCUACAGCGACAACGAGCUCGAUGUCAUGCUUGCGGACAUCCUGGCCGCGAAGGACGAGGGAGCGUACGGCGUCGUAUUCGGGUGUCUGACCCAGGAUGGGGAGGUGGACACGGCCGCGUGCGAGCGCCUGGUGCAGGCGGCCCGGCCGCUGGAGGUAACGUACCACCGCGCCUUCGACGUGACCUCGGACUGGCGCCGGGCAUGCGACGCCGUCGCCUCCGUGCCGGGCAUCACGCGCAUUCUCACCUCGGGCCACGCGCGGACAGCCCUCGAGGGUCUCGAGGAACUCGAGCAGCUCACGACCUACAUCCGCCAGAAGGGGUACAAGCUCAAGCUCCUGCCCGGAAGUGGCAUCAACCCCGCCUCGCUCGACGAGCUCUACCACCGAUACGGGCUGUUUAACGAGGCGCACCUCUCGUCCGGAGGCGCGGUCAAACCCCCGAUCGACCCCAUGCUCGCGCGCGGACAUCUGCUCGGCUUCGGCACGGGGGAGAUGUGGCGCCUCGAUCCGAACAAGCUCGCCGGGGUGCGCGGUAUUGUUGACAUGAUCAAUGAGCGCGAUGAGGGCGCGUCAUACGCCCGCGGAGGACCAUGA